AUGUUUGAAAAUUUCAUCUCAGCUUUGGUACAGGACAAACUUCGUGAUGCCAUUUCCGUUCUUGGUGCGAUUGAAUCUGCGACCAAGAAGAGAAUACUCGUGUCCUGGAUGCCCCAAGGUCUCCGCCUCGACCCCUGUUGUGUUCCUUCCGAGGAUGCUCCGAUGACACAGAACAAGGUCCAAACCGUGGAGCAGAAUCUGGCCCUGAGUCGCAGAGUGCGGAGCACAAGGUUCAAAGUUGGCCAAAUGAGCAGAUCGGUAGCGCCCAGUUUGCCCUCGGAAACCUUUCUCGGUCCUUCGACCACCGAUGAUGACGAGGUCUCUGCUCACCCGACUGCAGCUCUGAAGGCUGUCGGAAUGCGACUUUCAAACCCCGAGCUCAUUCCCACCGAUCAGAACCACGACAGUGUGUACACCAUGUUGCUUCAACUUCUUGCGUUGCCUCUAAAGACGAAAGAGGAGGUGUACCAGCAGUCGGGGGACCGAAUGAACGCCCAGCGCAUGCGGAAGAAACAGCAUCUGUUGCUCGACCUGUCUGCGCGUAGGAGAUAUGAAUUACGGCGUUUCCUGGACCUUGAAUACUGGCUGCGUGUGGUCGUCCAGCAAGAAGCCGUAUAUCUCAUGCAACAGCAAAAGAUUGAGAAGGAGUGCGGACUGGGCAUCGAGGGUGAGAAAGCGGAUCUACGACGCAAAUCGAUCGCCAAAGGCCUGAACUGGGCGAGCAAAGAGUACCGAUUAACUCGACAAAGCCUCCAUUAUUUUUAUUGUUCAACCAUCGACAAACCAGUGACUCGUGCAAUCCGUUGCCUUCGAGAGGAUCCGAAGUGGCACCUGUCCGACUUCCUGCGUUGGGACUGUGCCGACCGAGGGGGAUGCUGCAGCCGCGCAUGUGGAUGCUGUGAAAGACCGAGAAGUACCCUCAACUCCUUGGAUUUGGGCCAUUGUACCCCGGCCUGCGGGUGUUGCGCCCAAUACCACGGGUAUCGGCUCAAGGAUUUCGACACAGCUGAUACGGGUCGCCCUCGGAUUGACGUGAUGGCACGAAGGGACGACAGCUUUAGCGGCCGUAUGAUGGAUGCUCAUGUCUGGGGACUACGAAGCCUGUAAGGGUCUGCUUGCUGAGUGAACUGUACUGGGGAUUGGAAAUUGCAGACCAAACGUACCAUCACUGGAGUGUGAGAAUGAAUGGGAUGCUUUUUUU